CAUCCAUCGGACCAUCUCCCUCCUCGGAGAAGACGAUGCAAUUUCUCUAUCUCCGACGGCAACGAAGGCGACUCCAUAAUUCUCUGGAUCAAGCAGGAUCACCGCGUCGUCAACAAUCUUCUGGACCUUUUACGCGGUUCCGAGUAUCAGGCCGUCGUUCCUAUCUGCGUUUUCUUUUGCUCUCUCUCCGCGUCUGCAAGGAGAAGCUAUGGGCGAAAGAAUGGCUCCGUAAUUAUUUGGUUCAAGUAGGAUCUUCGAGUCCGAGUCGACAAUCAUCCGGGCCUUGUAGCCGAACCAGAGUAUGGGGUCGUGGUUCCCCCUACCGCCCUACUUCUUCGAUCACGGUUUCGUUUUCUAGCAAUCAGAACUCGAUUUUUGCUUUCAUGGACAUACUCUCUGUUCACGGCUUCACGAGCUCGCUUUCCUUUAGCUUCUCUCAUCUCCAUCAUCUCAUCUCAACACGUUCUGUGUUCUCCCUGGCAAGGAGAGGCAAUGCGCUAAAGAAUGGCUAGGCAAUUCUCCGGUUCAGCUUGCAUCUCUUAGUCUUCUACUAUCCUGGCCUUGUAGCUGGCAAGGCAAUGCACCAAGAGUUGGAUAAACGUUUAGAAGUUAUUUUUCGGCACCUUCUGUGUGCAUUUGGGAGAUAUCAGGUUCUUUGAUAGCUUCAGUUAUAUUAUAAGAUCGUUUGAAUAUUACCAUUGUGACGGAAUAUUUUCAUUAACUACAUAAAAGUUUCUAGGUUCUAU